AGGCGGAGUACUACGGCCUGGCGUAGAGGUUGUUCGGUCAAAAAUGGCGCUAUGUUUACGUCUGUGUGUCAAGAUAAAUCGUCCACAGAGAGUCUGAUGGCGUGUUUUGGUCAUUUUACUCACCGGGGCAGAAGACAUUGGCAACAUAUUUAAGAGAAGAACCGAUCGACGACACAGAGGGCAUUCGAUCUCUUGGGUCACAAUCCACCGAAAGGAUGCAGGCUGAAGCCACUGAUUCUUCCCUGCAAGAGGGAAUCGAGGUUCUAGGUCUUAAGGACAACGAGGAGCCUGCUCCAGAUAAAGAGGAGAGCAAGGCAGAGCUAGGUGACGCUGAAACGACAGGUGCAGAGGAGGACACCAAGGCGAAGGAUGAUACAGAUGGAGAGACGGAAGAGGUGGAAACAGAGACACCCCAGGACCAAUCUCAGGCUGAGACAGCGGAUGCGAGUGAAGAAGCGAAAGCUGUGGCAGAAAACGACAAUGAGUGGGAGCUUGCGUACAGCGAUGAGGAAAUGGAGGAUCCGAAAAACUGGAUGCCCCCACCGGCUGAGAUCAAAAGACUCUACGAGCUCCUUGCAAAAGGGGAAAUGCUUGAACUGAACUUUGUGGCCCUUCCUCGGAGACCUCCCACCCCUGAGCACACCCCUUCACCUGAAAGGGAUGAGGAGGAAGAAUCAGCAGAGGACCGAGAGAGGAAGGAGAGGGAGAGAAAGCCUCCUACUCCAACUGAGUUCGACUUUGAUGAAGAGCAACUGCAAGCUACGCCCAAGAACGCCUUCCUCAACAGGCGCCGAACACCAGGGUCGUCAGCUCGGUCCUCUGUCAAGCGUGAGGCCAGGCUGGAUAAAGUCCUGUCAGACAUGAAGCGUCACCGCAAAAUUGAGCAGCAGAUUAUGCUCACGGGUCGAGAUCUCUUCAAGGUAGAGAAGAAGAUAGAAGAGCCCCUUUCUCCUAACAGCCAGAAGGAGCGGGAAAAGGAGCGGGAGCGGGACAGCAACCCCAACACGAUAUUCUCCCCUCGGCAGAGGAGAUACUGAAGUAGAAAUGGACUUUUGUGACUUUUGUAGAGGCUGAUCAUUGAACUCCAUGACCUUUUCCAAACUUGAAUUUUUUAAUGUCCCAAGUUUUGUAAAGUUUUUUAUGUUUUGCAUAAUAAUGACAAUAAACGUUUUA